AUGGCAAGCAGUAACAAUAAUACUAGUGCAAUAAGUCGAUUUUUUAAUGGAAAAUCGGUGUUUAUUACCGGUGCAACUGGUUUUAUCGGGAAACAAAUCAUCGAAAAAUUAUUACGAUCAUGUCCAGGUAUUGACAAUAUUUAUAUUCUCAUACGAUCAAAACGUGGUGCUCACGUUCAUGAACGAGUUCAACAAUUGUGUUCACUUGCUCUAUUCGACAAAGUUCGUUUGUUAACACCUAAUUUCAAAUCAAAAAUAAUUCCAAUUAUCGGUGAUUUAACAAAGGCUAAUCUUGAUCUGACUAAUGAAGAUGAACAAACAUUGAUCGAACAUUGUCACAUUAUUAUCAAUUCAGGUGCAUCAAUUCGAUUUCAUGAGCCAUUAAAACAAUCAAUUAAGGCAAAUGUUUACUCAGUUCAAAAUAUAAUUAAUUUAUGCAAAAAAAUGAAACAACUACAGUCAUUUGUGCAUAUAUCAACUGCCUAUAUUCAUUGUUAUCGUACAGAUAUGACUGAAGUUAUUUAUCCUAUGAACGAUAAUCCAAAUACAUUAUUGGAAUCACUAGAAUACUUUGAUGAUCAAAUGUUUAAUCAUCUAUCGGAAAGAUUAGCAAAACAAUAUCCAAAUAAUUAUGCAUAUACUAAAUCCUUAGCAGAAUAUCUCUUACUAAAGCAAGGAAAUAAUUUACCUAUUGCAAUAGUUCGACCAUCAAUUGUUGGCGCAGCAUGGAAAGAACCAAUACCAGGAUGGAUCGAUUCUUAUACUGGUGUUACAAGCAUCAUAGCUGCAAUUGGAAAACGUUUGAUUCGAGUAGCGUUCACUAGCCCGACAGUUGAUCUUCCAAUAAUACCAGUCGAUGUUGUAGCCAAUAUGACCGUGGCUGUUGCAUGGAUUACAGCCACUAACAAUAAUUUAUUAUCAACACCAACUGUUUAUAAUUGUUGUACGGGAAAAAAUAUCAAAACAUAUUUAACCGUUGAAGAUUUCUUUCGAAUACUAGCAACAGAAACAACGGCGAUUGGAUUCGAGAACUAUAGCAUUAUUGGGCCAUCUGUUACAACUAUUACGAAUAAGCCAUAUUAUUGUUUCCGAUAUUACACUGAUGAAGUUGUACCUGCAUAUAUGAUGGAUAUUAUUGCUUACUUGACAUUCAAAAAGCCAAAAAUGGUGAAAUUGCAAGAAAAAAUCUCUUAUUUAAAGCUUUCUCUGGAAUAUUUUGCUCAGAAUCAAUGGAUUUUUGCAAAUCAAAAUAGUCAAUUAUUACAAAGUCAAAUGAAUGACUUUGAUAGACAAGAAUUUAGUUUCAAUUUAACUGAAUUAAAUUGGCCAUCUUAUAUUCGAAAUUAUUGCAUUGGAAUAAAAAAAUAUUUAUUGAAGGAAGAUUUACAACAAUCAUCUAUUAAAAAAUCAUCUAAAUAUUCAUUUAUUAAAGCAAAAAAAAUUCGUCAUCUUCUAUCAAUAUUGUUCUUUUUUGCUGUAACAUGGCUCAUGCGACAAACAUUUCUAAGAAGAUUACGGAUAAUAUGGAGAACAUUAAAUCUGAUUAUUCGUAGUUAUUUACAGCAAGAUAAAAAGAAGAUUAUUUGUUCUCUUAAUUAA